CAGCAAACAGGUUUAGGCAGGUCACACACUGAGCGACUCGGUUGUCUUUUACACACUUGACUACACUUGAAGCCACCUUGAACACGGUGAGCAUGGCGUCGGUGUCAUCCAGCUCCUGCCUCAACAAGGCUGUGCGCCAACAGUACAUGAACCUGUCUCAGGGGGGGAAGUGCCAGGUUACCUACAUCUGGAUCGACGGCACCGGAGAGGGACUUCGCAACAAGACCCGGACCCUGGACAGUGAGCCAACAAGCAUAGAAGAUAUCCCCGAGUGGAACUUUGAUGGCUCGAGCACAUACCAGGCCGAAGGCUCCAACAGUGACAUGUACCUCAUUCCAGUCCGCAUGUUCAGGGACCCAUUCACCUUCGACCCCAACAAACUGGUCCUCUGUGAGGUCCUCAAAUACAACCGUUUGCCUGCAGAAACUAACCAUCGAGUGAGCUGCAACGAAAUCAUGGAGAAGGUUAAAGAGCACUGCAUUUGGUUUGGCAUGGAGCAGGAGUACACGCUCUUGGGAAUAGAUGGACAUCCUUUUAGUUGGCCCUUAAAUGGAUACCCAGCACCCCAAGGACCUUACUACUGUGGGGUGGGGGCACAAAAUGCUUAUGGACGGGACAUCGUGGAGUGCCACUACAAGGCCUGCCUCUACGCAGGGGUCAAAAUCUGUGGAACCAAUGCUGAAGUUAUGCCAUCUCAGUGGGAGUUCCAGGUGGGUCCUUGCGAGGGCAUUCAGAUGGGAGACCAUCUGUGGGUUGCACGCUUCCUGCUGCAUCGUGUGUGUGAAGAUUUUGGGGUUGUUGCAACACUGGACCCCAAACCAAUGAAGGGCAACUGGAACGGUGCCGGUUGCCACACGAACGUCAGCACCAAUCAGAUGAGGGAAGAAGGUGGACUGAAAUACAUCGAGCAGGCCAUCGAGAGGCUGAGUAAGAAACAUGCAGAGCACAUCCGUGUGUAUGACCCACGUGGAGGGCAGGACAACAUGAGGCGCCUCACGGGCCUCCAUGAAACCUCCAGCAUCAACGAAUUCUCUGCCGGAGUGGCCAACCGAGGCUCCAGCAUCCGCAUCCCUCGCCAGGUAGGCCAUGACAAGAAAGGCUACUUUGAGGAUCGCCGCCCUUCAGCAAACUGCGACCCGUACGCCGUGACAGGGGCCAUCACAAGGACCUGCCUGCUUGAUUUAGAGGAUGAAGAAGAGAAGAAGUAGGAGGAAGGUACCUACUAUGUCACAAUUUAUAGAAAUAUCCAUCUGCUUGAGGUUCUGUGUAGAUUCAAUAUUUAUUGCUCUUUCUAUAUAUAUAUAUAAAACCAUGUUCACAUGACAGCUAAUUCUCCAGUACUGUAACAGACUGUAAAAAUUAGAAAUUGAUAGAAUAUUUGGUACAGCAGCUUUGUUAGAGCUGGAAAUACUGUUGCAAAAAUUAAUGUUGCUUCUUAUUGUCUGAGAUAUUUAAUGCUGCAUAACUCCAACAUGGCCAGUUCAAUUCCAGCUGACAACCUUUGUUGCAUGUCAUACCACCUUCUCUCCCCCCAUUGUCCUGUCUGCCUCUUCACUCUCAAGCUGUAAAGUAUAUCUGAGAAUGCAAAAAUAUAUGUAUUCAUGAAUCAUCACUUCUUAAAAUGUCAUAUGUGUUUUGGGUGAAGUGAAAUAAAGACAGUGGUAAUGUG